AUGUUCUGGACAAUCGGCUGCCUGUACGGCGCUACAUCCGUAGUAUUCGGCGCCUUCGGUGCCCAUGGCCUCAAGAAGCGGAUAGCAGAUCCCGCAAAGCUCAAUAACUGGGCCACAGCAGCGCAUUAUCAGCUCGUGCACUCCGGCGUCCUCCUCCUCACUGCCUCCGUCGCGCCGAAGAACAAGGUCGCCGCAUCGCUGUUCACUAUUGGGAUGACAAUGUUUAGUGGAAGCAUAUAUCUGCUGGUUCUGGAUCCUCAACGGUUCAAGUUCCUUGGACCUGUCACGCCACUGGGAGGGUUAUGUCUUAUUGGGGGCUGGGCAGCGUUGGCGUUCGGGUCGCGGUUGCCCAUACGGUGA